UCUUUCAAUGCGUUAUAGUACGAAAAGUGAGCUUUCGAGAAAGAAAGCUAUUCAUAUAUUGAUGUAAAUUAGGACGAAUUAGGAAAAUAUUAUUUGUUUACAGAUUUAUAACCGACAUUUUAAAUCUAUGUAAAUUGUGAGAAAUCAUGACGACUGUAUUGUUAAAAGAUAAAAACCUUCUUUCAUUUGAUGAUCAUUGGCCAGUUAUGCAGCCAAUAAUUUUGAAGCUGCUGCAUCAAGAAGCAGUGACAAGAACAGAAUGGCAAGAUUUAUUUUGGUUGGUGCACAUUGUUUGUUUGUGGGAUGAUAAAGGACCCCCAAAAGUAUAUAGCAAUUUGCAGGAAAAUAUUUUGGACUUCAUUCGACAAGCACAAACUAAUGUUUUAGCCCACCAAGAAGACCAAGCCUUGUUAAAGGCCUACAUAGUAGAGUGGAGGAAAUUUUUCACCCAGUGUAAUUAUUUGCCUAUGCCUUUUGGGCAGCUAGAGGGUGCUUUGGCAGGAAAAACAACUGCAACCCAGAAGAAAGGGAAAGCUGAAGAGAGUGCUGUUCGAAAAUUGAUGCUUGAUAGCUGGAAUCAAAGCAUUUUCUCCAACAUCAAACAGAGGCUGCAGAAUAGUGCCAUGAAACUUGUUCAUGCAGAAAGAAAUGGUGAAGCAUUUGACUCGCAACUUGUCAUUGGAGUCAGGGAAUCUUAUGUGAACCUGUGUUCAAAUACUGAUGAUAAACUACAGAUUUAUCGUGAAAAUUUUGAGAAAGCUUAUAUUGAUGCAACUGAGGCCUUUUAUAGAGAAAAGGCUCCUGAAUAUUUAGAAGCCAAUGGAGUACAAAAUUACAUGCGUUAUGCUGAUCAAAAAUUGAAAGAGGAAGAACAGCGAGGUCUCAAGUAUUUGGAAUCUUAUUCAGGAUCAAUCCAAGCGUUGAAUGAAUGCUGUGUUGAGUACCUUGUCACAGUGUUUAAAGAAGUUAUUCUUGCUGAAUGUCCAGGAAUGAUUAAAAAUAAUGAAACGGAAAAACUUCAGCUUAUGUUUAAAUUGAUGGAUCGAGUUCCUGAUGGUAUUACUCCUAUGCUUAAAGAUUUGGAGAAUCAUAUUAUUAAUCAAGGACUGGCUGACAUGUUUUCUUCUGCAGAUAUUAUUACUCAAGACUCUGAAAAGUAUGUAGAACAGCUGCUGGAAUUGUUUAGGAGAUUUAGUAGACUAGUCAAAGAAGCAUUUAAUGAUGACCCUAGAUUCCUAACAUCAAGAGAUAAGGCUUUUAAACAAGUUGUCAAUGAUACAUCAGUUUUUCGUUUAGAAUUGCCAUCGAAACAGAAAGGUGUUGGCAAUAAAACACAGCCAGAAUCUCGCUGCCCAGAGCUUUUGGCUAACUACUGUGAUAUGCUUUUGAGGAAAACUCCUCUGAGCAAAAAAUUAACCUCUGACGAAAUUGAAUCAAAGCUCAAAGAUGUGCUGUUAGUUUUAAAAUACGUUCAAAAUAAGGAUGUCUUCAUGCGGUAUCACAAAGCCCAUCUGACCAGACGUUUAAUACUAGAUUCUUCAGCUGAUAGUGAAAAAGAAGAAAAUAUGGUUGAAUGGCUUAGAGAUGUUGGUAUGCCUGCAGAUUAUGUCAAUAAGCUAGCAAGAAUGUUUCAGGAUGUUAAAGUGAGUGAAGAUCUUAAUCAACAGUUCAAAGACACUCAUAGGCAUAAAGGCAGUUUAGCAGAUGCUAUUAAUAUUAAAAUCUUGAAUGCUGGUGCCUGGGCAAGGGGUAGUGAAAGAGUGCAGGUAUCUUUACCUUUAGAACUUGAAGAUUUUAUACCUGAAGUGGAAGACUUUUACAGACAAAAACACAAUGGCCGUAAAUUGCAAUGGUACCACCAUAUGUCAAAUGGAACAAUCACAUUUAGUAAUAUGGCUGGAAAAUUUGAUCUUGAUGUGACAACCUUUCAAAUGGCUGUCCUGUUUGCGUGGAAUCAAAGGCCUUUUGACCGGAUAUCAUUUGAAAAUCUUAGGUUAGCAACUGAACUGCCUGAUGCUGAACUAAGAAGAACAUUGUGGUCUUUGGUUGCUUUCCCGAAAUUAAAGCGUCAACUCCUCCUUUGCUUACCUGAAGCUAAAUCUCCAAAAGAUUUUGAUGAAAGCACUCAAUUUUGGGUUAAUCAGGAAUUUUGUUUGAUAAAGAACAAUAAAGCACAGAGAAGAGGAAAACUUAAUUUGAUUGGACGUUUGCAACUCUCUACAGAAAAAAGCAAAGAAGAAGAUAAUGAAAGUAUUGUGCAACUUCGUAUUCUUAGGACACAGGAAGCAAUAGUGAAAAUAAUGAAGAUGAGAAAGCGUAUCACCAAUGCACAGCUUCAAACAGAACUGGUUGAAAUUCUGAAAAACAUGUUUCUGCCCUCCAAGAAAAUGAUAAAAGAGCAAAUUGAGUGGCUCAUUGAACACAAAUACAUGAAAAGGGACAAAGAAAAUAUAAAUGUCUUCAUUUAUAUGGCGUGAUUGGCAUUUCAUCCGUAGAUCACAAAUUAAACUAUUUAUGUAAAUCUCUCCAAGAUGUAUAAGGAAGAAUGUGCAUUUUUUUUUUCUCUCUCCUCUCUCUCUCUCUCUCUCUCUUGCCAUUAGCUUACCUUGUUAUAAAGAAUUCUACAGCAUCAAAGAAUCUGGAUUGUCUAAAUCAUUUAAUUACUUGAUUAUUUUGACCUGUUUCUGUAGAUUUUUUUUUUUAUGUGAUCAUGAUUUUAGAUUUCCAAUUUUUAAUGUUUAUUUUUUAAAUCUAUUUUCAUGCUCAAGAACAACAAAGAAAGCUUAUGGGAAGAUAUAAUGUUUACUUACCUGCUCAAUCGCGUAAAAUAAAAUUGUCAGUAGCAUCAAAACAUCCCCCCCCCCAUCACUAUAAAUCAACUAGUUGCAUCACCUCAGUCUAAUUGUGUGGCUAUCCAACCGGAAAUGUAAGUGUAUUUAUAUGAUUGUUCAAAUGCUUAUCUUGUCCAUUUUUCUAUGUAAUUAGUUUGUGUGAUUAGAUUUAUGUUUAUACAAGAAAAUAAGUGUAGUGUUAAACCUUCCUGAUGUUUAAAAUGCCUUGUCAUUUCUAUAUGCAAGAGAGAAAAAAAUGGUUUGAAUAUUUUGUGAAAUGGUAAUUGUCAAUAUUAAUGUAUACUUCAAUCCCAAAAAUUAAAAUCUUUACUAUGUUUUUUAUGGAAACAACAUACAUAGAAUUUUACUGUGUUAUAAUUUCAAAAUUAUUAAUGAAAUCUUUAAAGUUUUAAAAACUGUUUCUGUGAUAGAAGUAGAAUAUUCAUGACAUACGUGAAGGCUCAUUUUGAUUUAAUAAUUUUAAUGUAAUAUUCGUAGUGUACAAUUGUUUGCUGCUUUCUUUGUUCCUAUGAAUUUUUCAAUUCACCCAGGAAGUGUUUUUUACCCGUGUUCUUUGCAGUUAACUUAUUGAAAUAAAUUUUUAGGUAUUCCCGUCAUAAAGUUUUGUCCAGUUUCUUCCUCUUUCUUUGUUUUUUUGUAUUACACUUUUUUUUUUAAUAUUUAUUUUAAUAAUUUAGCAACAUCCCAAAUGUACAUUUAUAUUUAAUUUCUAAUUAAAAAGUGAUCCUGGAUUUCGUAAAACUUUCUUCUAAUAAUUUAGCUGUUAUUCUUUCGAUUAGUCAUGUACAAUUCCUGUCCUACAUGACUUUUAAAAAGCAUUUCAUUUUAAUGAUUAUCAUUUGAAUUAUGAAAAUUUGGAUUCAUCUUUGGUUCUAGGCUUAUAAUUCUUGAAUCAGUGUUAUAAAUCUAUCCCCACUUGUUGCUUGAAACUUUUUUUUAUUGCACUUAUGCUGACUGUAGUUUACAACAUAUUCAAAUUAUGAAGAAUUUUUUAAUUGAUUUUUUAAAAUGAAAUUUGUAUGUAUUUAGCAAUUGUACUUUGUAGCAUUAAGGGAAUGGUUAGAAUGUACAGUAACAAAUAAUUAAAAAUUUGUUUUCCUUAUUUAUCAUGUGGUAUGAAACUUUUCAAUUUGCUGUGUAAAUUGCUUAUGAAUCUUCUGCAGAAUAUUUUCAUGAAUGAUUUGUUGAUUUUCAGUUCUUCAUACCAAAUAAUGUAAAUUGGCCCAUUUUAGUUGUAUUGAUAUUGCUGUAAUAAAUAUUUUUGAACUCGUAAAUGAAGCUGUAAAUAAAAAGGGUGAAUGAAAGAGUACAAAUUGGUGAAAUUAAAGCUAAUUUGACAUUUUGUGUACAUUUUAUUCUGCAGUUUCUUGCACUAAUAAUAAAAAAACUUUUGAAUAAAUAGUGUAGUAAUGUAUUUUCACUAUUAAAAAAAAAUAAUAUUGAAACUUAGAAAUGUUUGUUUGAGGUCUUUAAACUAUAAAGUAAGUUUAUGUAGUCUUAAAUAAAAAAAUACUCCAUAUAAGAAAUAAGGUAGGUGAGGUAUAUCUCGAAAUUUGAUUUGACAAGAGACUUAUUUCCUUUCACAAAUAGAAAUAAUUGCUUACAUCGUAUAAGUAUAUUCCAAUCUUGGAAAUAAUUUCAUUUAUCAGCCUUCAAAUGCUUUCAAACUUGACUAACAAAUAUUUCUAAAAUUUGGCAUUCUAACGUCCCCUUUAAAUCUAAACAGCUUUGGAUAGUGCAUCUCUCUGUUUGCAUAUAAUUAGCUACUCAUUUUAUAUUUUUGAAAAAAAUUUGAUAUUCCCUUCCCUUUUUAUCUUGGAUUUAGAAUCUUAAAAUGUUAUUUGAAAGAGAAAAAAGAAAUUGACUGAUAUGUUUUUGCUCCAAUGAAAUUACUCAAACAAGCUUUUGUAACUGUUUAGAGUUUACCACUUCCCGUUGUCAUGAAAAAAAUCAUGAUUGUGAAUAACAGGUGUGAAAUAAUAUGUAUAAUAUUCUGUGAAAUAUUUUUAAAAAUCAAAAUCAUUUUUAUUUCUUGGGUGUAUUCUUUAUUAUGUUUAUUUUCUUAUUAUUUCUAAAGUAUUGUAGUAAAGCUUAUCAUUAAUUUUA